AUGGCUUCAGAGCACUCUCCGUCUGCUGUGGAGCCCGACUCUCCGAGCUCCACCGCGCCCGGCGCCCUCUCCGCCUCGACCACCCCCUCCCGCUCGUCGAACACCGCAUCCUCGACCACGAGUAGCCCCUUCUCGCUUCUAAACCGCUCUAGUGAUAUCGAGCUCGCCACAAGCAGCGGAUCCGAGGCGGGCAGUACAGUCGCUGGGGAGAGGAGGUCGAGCGGAGGGAGUGAGGAGGGCGAGUUCGAGUACGUUCCGAAGGGUGGUGCGGGGAGCGCUUGGAAGGAUGUGUCGAAGGGCGAAGCGUCGGCUGAGACGGGCCAGUCCGGCGUCCCUUCCGUCUCUCCUGCUUCGCCUCCGCCUUCUCCUGUCGCCGUAAAGACGUCUACUACCUCGACGAGUCGUGCAAGCUCGCCUGUCUACUCAAAGUGGGCGCCUCCCGGCUACGUUCCCUCGACGCCCAGUCCCGCUUCCCUCGCCAAACCUACCGUCACGCCCGCUUCGACCUCGUCUCUGCCUUCGAAGUCCACCGUUCCGAAGCCGGAAAUCAAGGCGAAGCAGGCGACGCUCGCCAAGAUGAGGGCGCUCCUUCCGCCGGAAACUCCUGCAGCCGCCUCCUCGAUUCCCUCGACGCAGCCAGCCGCUCCGUCGCACAAUUAUCCUCCUUCGCCUCCCUCACCACGCACGAGCCCGAAGCUCACCCCGACUCCACUCUUCGAACGCGCUGUCGAGUCGACCAUUCAGAGCAACCUUCGCGCCGACAAUCACGAAGCGACUCGUCUCCGCAGGCAGCAUGAGCAGGAGCUUGCGUCGGCGAACGAAAAGCUCAAGGAGCUCGAGCAGAAGCUGAAUGACCGGGAGAAGCUGCUUCAGGAGGUGCGAGAUGAGGCGGGUGCGCGGGAGAAGAAGCAGGACGAAAUCGUCGAGUCGGCUCGUCGUCAAGUCGAUGUGCUCGAGUCCUCUGUCUCGCGGCUCGAGGCGCAGGUCGAGCAGUACAAGGCGGACGUCGCGGCGAAGCAGGGCGAGGUCGACGCUCUUGAGGUCAAGCUCAAGGAUGCGGUUCGCGCGCUCAUCUACUCGGACGACCACCUCGACGAGCGCCAGAAGGAGGCCGCCGAAACGGAGGAGCGCUUGAACGAGACGAUCUCCCUUCUCGAACUCGCUCGAGGGCGUAUCACCGAGUUGGAGACCCUCGUCGAGCUGCGGGACAUGGACAUCGAGGACACGCACAAGCAGACCGACAUUGUCGACGCGAAGCUCCAGUCUGCGCAGGAGAAGCUCGAGACGGCCACCGAGCGUUGCCAGAAGGCCGAGAAACUCGCGAUCAAGCGACAAAAGGAGCUCGACAAGCUUCUCCAGGAGACGGCACGGCUCGAAACCGAGCUGGCCGUCGCGCAGAACAGCCCGAGGACGGAGGCGCUCCUUUCGCCAGUCGAGCACGACGAGGCGGCCCGACGCAUCGCUGACCUCGAAGCCCGCCUCGACACGGAGGUCGCGGAGAAGAAGAAGCUUUUCGCCGAGGUCGAGACGGUUCGCUUCCGGCGUCAACAGCUCAGCGAAGAGCACGAAGUGCUCAAGGCGACGUCGGCGAAGCGGAUCGCAGAGCUCGAAGCGGAGAAGAAGAUGGUCGAGCGUCGCGCGACCCAGUUUGCUGCUCAAGCGGUUAAGGCAAAGGAGGAGCUCAGGAAAUGUGCAGCGCGGAGCGGUCAAAUCAGGACGGCUUCCGAUCCUCGCUUCGUCUACAGCGCCGAGCAGCUACUCAUUCUCGCCGAAUCUCCCGCUGUCCCGACCCUCGCUCCCGGCUCUCUCCCUCCCGAAAUCGACGCCAACAAGCCCAAGGCGCUGUACGACGACCCGCAGGCACCUGUGACGACGUACAUGCAGAUGCGCGUGCGCUACAUCUCUCUCCGCAACCGCUUCGCCGACCUCGAUGCGACACUGCAAAGGCUCAAGCGGGAGAAGGCUUCGCUCGAGGAGGACAACGCUGCGCUCAAGCACGAGGCUGACGUCCUGCGCGGCGAGCGCGACUAUGCGUACGAUCUCGUGCGCGAAGCCGCCCAGCUACUCGACGCCCACAUCGACGAUAGCGGGUCGUCAACGCCGAACGAGGACCGGUGA